AUGGGAGCAGCACCAGCUCAGAUGUGGAGCGCCAGCGCUUCAGGGAAUUCUGUUUCCAGGAAGCCAUGGGGCCCCGAGAGGGAGAGCAAGGAAAAUGGCAUAAACCAGAGAAGGAGAGCUGAAACUGAAGAGAAGUGGGGAACCAAAUCCAUUUCUUUGGAAGGGUCAGAUGUCUGUAAAACUCCAAUACCAGGAGAACCAAGCAAUAGGAACAUUCACAAUAGGAAGACACAGAGGAAAAGCUCUCAGAAUAUAAAGGCUCAGAAGAUUCACCUUACCAAAUGUCAACCAUUUCACACAGAAGAGAACAGAUUUCAGUGCUUGGAGUGUGAGAAGCAAUUCAAUUUCCUCUCGCAACUUAACUUGCAUAAAAGAAUUCACUCAGGAGAGAAGGCGUUUAAAUGCUCCGAAUGUGGAAAGUGUUUCGCUACAAGCGCGAGCCUUAAAAUCCAUCAUAGAAUCCACACAGGGGAGAAGCCCUAUAAAUGCUUAGAGUGUGGAAAGAGCUUUAGUCAGAGCGGCCAUCUUGGGUUUCAUCAAAGGACUCACACAGGGGAGAAGCCCUUUGAAUGCCUAGAUUGCGGAAAGAGUUUUGCUUGCAGCACACAACUUAAGCGACAUCAAAGAAUUCACACAGGGGAGAAGCCCUAUGAAUGUCCAGAGUGUGGAAAAAGCUUUAGUCAGAGCGGCCAUCUUGGGUUUCAUCAAAGGACUCACACAGGGGAGAAGCCCUUUGAAUGCCUAGAUUGCGGAAAGAGUUUUGCUUGUAGCACACAACUUAAGCAGCAUCAAAGAAUUCACACAGGGGAGAAGCCCUAUGAAUGUCCAGAGUGUGGAAAGAGCUUUAGUCAGAGCGGCCAUCUUGGGUUUCAUCAAAGGACUCACACAGGGGAGAAGCCUUUUGAAUGCCUAGAGUGCGGAAAGAGUUUUGCUCGGAGCACACAACUUAAGCGACAUCAACGAAUUCACACAGGGGAGAAGCCCUAUGAAUGUCCAGAGUGUGGAAAGACCUUUGCUCAGAGCACGAACCUUAAGCAACAUCAAAGAAUUCACACAGGGGAGAAGCCCUAUAAAUGCUUAGAGUGUGGAAAGAGCUUCAGUCAGAGCUGGCACCUUAGACAACAUCAAAGAAUUCACAUGGGCAAAAGGCUGUUUGAAUGCCUAGAGUGUGGAACAAGCUUUGCUCACAACAUAGACCUUAAGAAACAUCAAAGAAUUCAUAUAGGAGAGAACCCCUACAAAUGCCAAGAGUGUGGAAAGAGCUUUUCUCAGAGGGCAAACCUUAAUCGACAUCAAAGAAUUCACACAAGCAAGAAGCCAUAA